AUGAACUUCAGCAUAGACGAGCUUAUCAACAAGACGGACACGGGGCCGGUUCCGGGCGUUUUGAAAGAGCCGUACAGCUACAUUUCCAGCAUUCCGGGCAACAAUCAGAACAUGCGGUACCGUUUCAUCAUCGCCUUCAACGAGAUGUUCUUCAAGAUCCACAAUAAGGCGGUUCUCGAGGAGAUCGGCACGAUUAUCUCGAUCUUUCACGACCUGUCGUUGCUUAUAGACGACAUUGAAGACGCCUCGGAUACACGGAGGGGCCAGGAAAGCGCCCAUAUCAAGUAUGGCACGCCAUUGACCAUCAACUGUGGAAACCUCAUGUACUUUGAGGCGCUCCACCAAGCUACAAAUGUUCUUCCGGGACUCGUGGAGAGAACUUCUAUUGACUCUGAUGAGCUUCUGACCCGGACGAACAAAAUCCUCGUGGAGGAAAUGCUCAACUUGCAUCAUGGCCAAGGUCUCGAUAUAUUCUGGAGAGACACGCUUCUAGGUCAGUGGCGGAAAGGAGAAGCCGAACUUCCGUCGGACGAAGAGUACCAGCUUAUGGUGAUGAACAAAACAGGCGGUUUGUUCCGUUUGGCUGUGAAGCUUUUGGCUCUUUUCGCAGACGAUACCGUGGAUGCUGCCAAGUUGGUGCCUUUUGCCAAUUUGCUAGGAAUCAUCUACCAAAUUCGUGACGACUACAUGAACUUGGUGGACGACAGGUACCACAAAAUGAAGGGCGUUGUUGGCGAAGACUUGGUAGAGGGCAAGCUCUCGUUACCUAUACUUUACGCAUUAAGAGAAGCACCCAGAGAUUCGGCUCUCCAAACUUUUCUUUUUGACUAUCUGGCCAAAGAGAGGCUAGAUGCUAAAGAUGCCUUGGCAGAUGCCGUGCUGUCUUUGAAGACCGAUACCACAGCAUUGAAGCAAACAUAUGAGCUUCUCAAAACCUACGUUAGCAAGGCAAUUGCCAUCUUGAAUGACAAGGGCGCCUCUAAGGAUGAUCUCUUAUUUCAGGUGGUGGCUCAUUUAGGCGAUAUCCCUGAGGCUUCGACCUAG